GCCAAAUACUGAAGCCCUAGUUAUCUUUGGGGAUCUCAUAGUCGCACAUGAAUCUCAACCUUCUCUCUCCUUCAAGAGCACAUGAGAACAACGACGUGGUCUCGCAGACGAGGAGGAGCUGCUUCUUCCUCUUGCCCUAAUUAAGCUACAUAACUAGGGUUUCCUCUUACCUUUCCCUCACCAGAGAUCAUUUUUCAUAAGUGACCCUUUUCUCUUUGCUUUAGUCUUUAGUCUAGUUCUGUUCUUGGUCUGUUUUCGUUUUGUCGGCUUGUGUAACUAAUCACCCCUUCUUUAGCUAGUGGCUCCUCAAAAUCCUGAGUUUUGACUUCUCUAUCUGAGUUAUUUUUUCUCUCUCUCUCUUCAUGCUCUUCCUCACCUCUCAAUAUAUCAGCCAGAAGAACCAAGUAUCAAGAUUCAAGAACUAAGAAUCAAGAAAAUUUAUUUGAGCUGGCGAAUAAACAGUGGUGGGAUAGGGAACUAGUAGAUGCGGCGGCGAUGGAAGGCGGUUACGAGCAAGGCGGUGGAGCUUCUAGAUACUUUUAUAACCUCUUCAGACCGGAGAUUCACCACCAACAACAGCUUCAACCGCAAGGCGGAAUCAAUCUUUUUGACCAGCACCAUCACCAGCAACAACAACACCAGCAACAGGAGCAGCAGCAACCGUCCCAUGAUUCAAGAGAAUCUGAUCACUCAAACAAGGAUCAUCAUCACCAAACGGGGCGACCCGAUUCAGAUCCAGCUACAUCAAGCUCAGCACCUGGGAAACGUCCACGUGGACGUCCACCAGGAUCUAAGAACAAACCUAAAGCACCGAUCAUAGUGACGCGUGAUAGCCCGAACACGCUUAGAUCUCACGUUCUUGAAGUAUCUCCUGGAGCUGACAUAGUUGAGAGUCUUUCCACUUACGCUAGGCGGAGAGGGAGAGGAAUCUCCGUUUUAGGGGGAAACGGCACCGUUUCUAACGUCACUCUCCGUCAGUUAGUCACUCCCGGUAACGGCGGUGGUGUUGGGGCUGGAGCCGGUGGAGUUGUGACUUUACAUGGAAGGUUUGAGAUUCUUUCGCUAACGGGAACCGUUUUGCCACCACCUGCACCCCCUGGUGCUGGUGGUUUGUCAAUAUUUUUAUCCGGAGGGCAAGGUCAGGUGGUUGGAGGAAGCGUCGUGGCUCCGCUUGUUGCGUCUGCUCCGGUUAUACUAAUGGCUGCUUCGUUCUCAAAUGCGGUUUUCGAGAGAUUGCCUAUUGAGGAGGAGGAAGAAGAAGGCGGUGGUGGCGGCGGCGGAGGAGGAGAACCACCGCAGAUGCAGCAAGCCCCAUCAGCUUCUCCACCAUCGGGAGUGACGGGUCAGGGACAGUUAGGAGGUAAUGUGGGUGGCUAUGGUUUUUCCGGUGAUCCUCAUUUGCUAGGAUGGAGAGCUGGUACACCUUCAAGACCACCUUUUAAUUGAAUUUACAUGUGUGUUUAAAUCAUUUGUGGAGUCCUCUUUCAUUUGGGAUCUUUGGUAUUUAUUUUGCAGUUAAUAUGCAUAUUUGAGCGUUCGUGUU